CCUCUUUCUGUGUUUUGUUUGAUUUUCUGUACUUCUUUCUCAUCUAAUAGUCCUAAAAAGGAGUCACCUGAGCUAGAAAUUCCACGCUAUCUACCUUGCCUUGUCUGCUUUCAUUACCCACUUCUCAACACUCAUACCAUAUUACAUGCUACAUACUACAUACCACAUCCACAUCCACAUCCACAUACAUACUACAUAGUACUUGGGCCACCACCUGGACAAACUAUCGUCAACCCUACCUUAGACACAGCUUCGGACCCAUUGACCCUUACCUUUACCUUUGCCUCCGUCCCACACACCGCAAGCUCUUCUCACCAUUAACAACCUCCUCAAUGGACGUACCAGCUCACCCUCCUCUUCCCUAAGUUGCGGCCUUGGUCACUUCGCUUCUUCUUGCAUCAUCUAGACGUCACGCGCCCGUCUAGUUCUUCUUAUUCGUCUCUACUGUCAACAACGACAUUGACGAUCUCCCGUUGGGGAACUUGUCGUUUCUAAAAACAGAAAGGCCCUCAAGUGUCUACAUCCUAGGUUGGAACCUAUUAGGUUUACCUACGUCGUCAUGCCUUCUACUAACCCCAUUCCCAUUCGAACUGAUUUGGCUUUUCGGCCGGCUCCUAGUGAGAGCGGUAAUGUUUCUUCUCCUAAAUCAUCAUCAGCGGCACAGAGUACAAGGCACAAGCACACACGAUCUUCGUACUCGGAAAGCUCACCUCUUACGGCCAUGUCUAGGAACAAUUCGUUAACCUACCGCCCUUUAAAACGGUCCACACCGUCGCCAGAUAAAACUAUUGCCAUUAUAAAUGCAAGUGGCCGCCAAGCUGCCUCCUUAAUUCGGAUAGCCACCGCCGUCGGCUACCGGGUUCGCGCGCAACUGCGCAACAUGGAGGGCGUUAUAGCGACUGAAGUUGCGAUGAAUCCGAAUGUUUCUGUCUACGUUGGAGAACUUUACCUCCGAAAAGAAUCGGAUGAUAAGAGAGAUGUCACAAUCCAUGAACACCUUCCAGGGAUUUUGGUAAACCGCCCUUUAAUUUCCCAGCUCUUCAACGGCGCUCAACUAGCCUUUAUAAAUACGACAUUUUACGGUAAUGAAGUGCAGAUUGGGGAAGCGAUUGCGGACGCCGCAAAAUUGGCGGGUGUCCAACACUACGUCUAUUCGUCCAUGCCCGACCAUGCAGCUUAUAACCCCGAAUGGCCUUCGUUACCUCUAUGGGCAGCCAAGCAUGAAGUGGAAAAAUAUGUCCGUAAAAUAGGGUUACCAGCUACCUUCGUUUAUACCGGCAUAUACAACAACAAUUUUACCUCGCUCCGGUACCCCUUAUUUUGUAUGGAGUUAAUGCCGGACGGCUCCUUCGAAUGGCAAGCCCCGUUCCACCCAGAAGCUAAACUCCCUUGGCUAGAUGCCGAACACGAUGUCGGACCGGCAAUCAUUCAACUCUUCAAGGACGGCCCUAGUAAAUGGAACGGAAAACGUAUAGCCCUGGCAUACGAAUACCUGACGCCCUUAGAAGUCUGCCAAGCGUUCGAACGAGGACUUGGUAGACGCGUACGUUAUAAGCAUGGGCCUAUCGAGUUAAGAGUGAAGAUUCCAGAGGGCUAUCGAGAACAACUGGAGGCUUUAGAAAAGCUCUUCUCCCCAAAUAAUAAGGAUCCCAAGAAACAACCACCAUAUUUUGGGGACCUGGAGCUCGAGAAGAGGUGCCCCGAAGAUGCCUUAGCGUUGUGGGAAGGUCCAAGGGGAAUGGAGGAAUAUGCCCGAGAGAUUUUCCCGUUAGAAGAAGAGGCGAACGGGAUGGACUGGAUGUUUGAAGGCGAAAAUGUGGUCGAAGAAACUGAGGAUGUAGUGGACGACGCGGGGGAUAAUGAGGACGGCGAGGGUGGUGACGACGAGUCACUGGAUGAAGGGUUAAUAAUGAGAGGACUAAAGAGAGACGAAGAGUCAUGGCUGGCAUAAUUAACGAAUCCAUUACACGACAUUAUUGCCCUCGGCACUCUGUGGGAAUUCACGAGAAUAAAUCAUACUUAGAAGAAGGUGGGUUUCGGAACUUGACGUUGAAAUUCGACAUCCUUACACGGAAAAUUUCUGGAGCAUUUUGCAUAGAUCUGGCUGAUUUCGCGGGUUUUCCACUUGGUGGAUGUCAUUUAGACAACACUAGUGG